AUGAAUUCUGACUUGAAACUUUUUCUCUAUCCAAAUGAAAAUGGUUUCAUUGGAAAACUUGCAUUAAAUCUCUCGAAUGAUAAUAAUGCCAAUGAAAAUCUUCUAUCAAAAUCAAAUGUGUAUACGGUUGUCAUUCUCGAUCGUUCCGGUUCUAUGGGUUCCUCGGUACCGAGGUUUGUUAAUCAAGUUUUACCUGAUAUUUUCAAAUCUUUAAAUUAUGAUAAGAACGAAAUGAUUACACUAAUUACCUUUGACAGUACUCCAAAUAAAUAUACGCUUCCAAUUCGACAAUUAGCUGGUUUUAGUAUAAAAUGUCAAGGUCAAACAUUUAUGGCGCCUGGUAUUACCACGCUUACUAAUUUUAUUCUAAAUGAACUACCAAAAGAUUGUCAUGCUUUACGCUUAUUAACAAUAUCUGAUGGUGAAGUACAAGAUCAAGCUCAAGUACAAACAGCAGCAGCUCAAUUAAUUUCAUUGAUUAAAAAUAAGUUCAUAAUUAAUUCGCAGGCUGUUCGAUUGUUUACUUCAUCGUCUCAACCCGAUACUCGAGCUGUUUCAAGUCUCUUACAAUUGAACAAUGUAUCCAAUGUAAAUUUACUCGAUGUGAGAACAAGCUUAAGUAAUAUAGACAUUUCUGCUACGAUCGCUAGUCUAUUUUCUGGUGAUUCAUUGAAUCGUCAUGCUAUACUGAAAUCAGACGAAGCUAUUUUAAAAAGUACUCCAUGGCAAACUUCUAUGCAUGAUACAAUAUCAUUAUUUCCAGGUGAGAAUUUAUUUUGGCUGAAUAAAUUACCAACAGGAAAUUUAACUGUUGGACAAACGAAUGUUAAAAUUCACGUGCAAGAAAGUUUAACUGUUGAUACCUAUGAAAAAUUAUUGAAAACGAAAAUUGAAUAUUAUAUAAAUCAAUUGAAAAUUCUCAAAAUUGUCAAUACAGUUGAAUCACAAAAAGAAGUUGAUGAUAUUAUGAAUUAUUUUCAAAAUAUCGAAAGUUCCCUAUUGUAUAAUGAUAAAGAUGUUAACGUACUACUUAAUGAUUCUAGUUUACGUGCUCGUUUGCAAUAUUUGAAAAAUUCUAUUAAUCGUAAAAAGAAAUCAUUUGUUAUGCGAAUGUCACAAAUUGCUAACGAUGAUAAAGUAUCUCAAUUGAAUUCUGCGCAACAAGCUGACUAUUUACGUGCUGUCGAUAGUACAUCGAAAAAUGCUCGUGGUCUAGCCCGACGUGCUGUUACACAAGGUUUAGAUUUUAAUGAAAUUCUUCGUAAAGAAGUUCGAACAAUGGCUGAACAUAUUAAUGAAUUGAAAGGCAUCGAUGAUAAUGAUCAUUUAGUAUCGUUCUUUUCUCAAGAUACAACACUUGGUGGAAUCCGUGCCGUAUGUCAAUUAGCUACCGAUGGCAUAUUAGAUGAUGUUAAUGCUAAUGAUAUUUUACGGAUGGUAAAUAUUGUUGGAGUGGCUUGUUCUGGUCCAAUCGGCGAAUUUCCUGACCCGAUGACAUGGCGGGUCAAUGAAUUAUAUUUAGGUUGUUAUGUUAGUCUAUCUGAUGUGUUAACUGCUUUUAUGCAAUCAAGAGGCCAGCCCUUACAAACGCCAGCAACGAAUAAAACUAUAACGAAUGUCAUACCGAUUAUUGAAAAUGACCGUAUAGGUCAAUUUUUACGAAAGUAUGCUUCUGCAUUGUUAGAAUAUUCGUGUUCGAUUGGUAUGAGACGUCUAUUAGCCGAUGUUCCUAUGACGGGUGGUUAUACUAUUUGUGCGGGUGUUUGGAAAUUAGUCGAAGAUUUAAAUGAAAAUAAAUCAGAAUUAUAUUUGAAAACAUUUGAUCAAUUGAUAAAAACCUAUGAAAUAGUUGUCGGAAAUUAUUUUCAACAUGUUAUGCCGUAUAUUAAAGAACAAGAUGACCGGCUAUCGUAUUAUAUUGCAAAUAACGGGACGACAAAUAUGAUAAGCCCAUUUAUAAAAUUAUAUCGUGAAAAUGAUUCGAAAAAAAUUGAGCAAAUGCCAAAAAUUCUACGUGCUUUGUAUACUUAUGAAAUUUGGCAAGCAAUUCGAAAACAAUAUAAAAAUCGUGAUGAUUCAGAUAUAAUCGCACAAAAAAUGCUCGAUCAAUUAAUUGGACUUGAUUUAAAUAAAUAUAAAACUUUAGUUAAACCAUUGUUCGAAAAUGAACCAUCAUUAAAUGAAAUAGAAUUUCAUGAUCAAAUGCAUGUUGAUGAAACAUAUCUAGAUGAAUUAAUGAAAACAUUUUACUAUGUUGAUUAUAUUACUUUACUACCGAAAUAUAUUUCAGCUGUGGUUAAUAACAAUAUCGAUAGUAUCAAAGAUAUUCCUAUUCUGAAUCAAACUUCAAUUAGUGAAGCAAUAAAUAUAAAUUAUGAUAUAAAGAUCUUUAAAUUCUAUAAUGUGAUUCAAGCUCUUCUAUAUACGAGUAAAGCAAGUCGAGUUGAUGGUGAUAAUGAAAAAAUGAAAAUCAUUGAUUUAGUCGAUGAAAAAUUAGCAGAAAAAAUACUACAAGAUUAUAUACGAAAACGAUACGAAAAUCAAUAUGCUACUGAUUUAGCAAUGAAAGGACGUUUGGAACGUAUAGAACUUAUUGCUGAAUUAGUACAAUCGAUUAUCACAAGUCGGGAUCAUAAUGAAAUGAUUAAAUUUAUGCGUGAUGGAUUAAUACGUGGAAAAAAUCAAGUAGUAAUUGCGAACUCUUCAAGUUUAGGAUUCGUUGAAUUGAAAGAUAAGUUGUUAGAUUUUAAUGAGAAAAUUCCACGACGUUUAGAUAUCAUCAAAGUAUUUUUAUUAGGACGUGAUUAUAAAAAUAAUGAUGAACCUGUUUGGAAUAAUGGAAAUGUUUUAUUUAUACCGAAUCUUUGUGAUUAUGAGAGAGUCUUUGUUAGUUGCGGUUAUCCAGAUGAAUGGAAUAAAAUCAAAGAAGAGUAUAUGAAACGUAAUUUACAUAUUUACCGAGAUGGAUUCAAUCGACAUGGACAUGGAAAUACAAAACCUUCAUAUUGGGCAUUUGGCUACAUAACAUUACAGUUAUACAAAGAUAAUGUUCCAGCUGAAGUGUUUAAGGAAUAUUGUGAAAUACAUCAUGAUUGUUGUGGAGUUUCUCAAAUGCGUGGAUUAUUGAGUUGA